AAGAUGGAGGGACAGUGUCCAGCAGAUGGAGGAGUUGGAAAAGGCCCUCCAGCUACUCAGCUUCAGAGCUGUGGGGAAAAUGGGGCAAGUUCUGGGCAGAAGAGCCAAGAGGAAGAAGCCAACAAUUCAGAGGUCCAGUGCUGUCACUUCAGAAAAUUGCAGUUCCAGGAGGGGAAGAGUCCCAGAGAUGUUUGCAGUCAGCUUCACCGUCUUUGCUGUCAAUGGCUGCAGCCAGAAAAACACACAAAGGCUCAGAUGCUAGACUUGGUGCUCCUGGAGCAAUUCCUGGCUGUCCUUCCCCCAGAGAUGGAGAAAUGGGUGCGGGAGUGUGGAGCAGAAACCAGUUCCCAGGCGGUGGCCCUAGCCGAAGGCUUCCUCCUGGCCCAGGUGUCUGAAAAGAUGCAGAAGUCCUUGGAAGCUAUCAGUAAAUAUCCCAAGGGAAGGAAAGAUUCAUUCAGAUCUUCUCAAGAGCUGCUCUUCAGAGAGACCUUACAGAAAGAUCAAAGUCAGGACACCACUCCAGAGAGUAGAAAGCCGUCCUUGGAAAUUUUAGAAUCACCUCUUCUUUGGGGUGGAGCUGAAGAAUUGGCUGAACCGCUAAUUCGGGAUGUUGCGUCUUUUGAGGAAGUGGUCGUGUGUUUCUCCGAGGAGGAGUGGUCUCAACUGGAUGCUGACCAAAAAGCUCUCCACAAAGAAGUCAUGCUGGAGAAUUCCAGGAAUCUGUUUUCUCUGGGCUAUAAGGGGCAGGAGGAAUGCCAAGUGAUCCAUUCGAAAAAGGGGAAAAGGAAGCGAUAUCAAUGCAUGGAGUGUGGAAAAAUGUUUACUCAUAGCAGUAGUCUCCAUUCUCAUAAGAGGAUUCACACAGGAGAAAAGCCAUAUCAAUGCAUGGAGUGCGGAAAGACCUUUAGUAGGAAAAAUGUUCUGAUUCAGCAUAAAACUAUCCAUACAGAGGAGAAGUUAUAUCAAUGUAUGGAAUGUGGAAAAACCUUCUCCUAUAAUAGCUCUUUUAAAAUCCAUCAAAGGAAUCACAAAGGAGAAAGACCUUAUAAAUGCAUGGUGUGUGGAAAGACUUUUACUUGCAGUAGUAGUCUCAAUUCCCAUAAGAGGAUCCACUCAGGAGAGAAACCAUAUCAAUGCAUGGAGUGUGGAAAGACCUUUCCUUGUAGCAGUCGUCUUAAUUCCCAUAAGAGGAUCCACACAGGGGACAAGCCAUAUCAAUGCAAGGAAUGUGGAAAGACCUUCUCUUAUUAUAGCUCUCUUAUAGUCCAUCAUAGGAAUCACAAAGGAGAGAAACCAUAUAAAUGCAUGGAGUGUGGAAAAGCUUUCAGUAGUAGUAGUCAUCUUGCCUCCCAUAAGAAGAUCCACAGAACAGAGAAAUCAUAUCAAUGCAUGGAGUGUGGAAAGUCCUUCAGUUAUUCUAAGUCUUUUAUAAGGCAUCAAAUGAAUCACAAAGGAGAAAGACCUUAUAAAUGCAUGGAGUGUGGAAAGAGCUUUACUUGUACCAGUCAUCUUAAGACUCAUAAGAUGAUCCACAUAAUAGAGAAGCCAUAUCAUUGUGUGGAGUGCGGAAAGACCUUCAGUUAUAAUCGUUCUCUUACAAUCCAUCUACGGAUUCACAAAGGAGAAAGACCAUAUCAAUGCAUGGAGUGUGGAAAGACCUUUGCUACUAGCAGUCAUCUGAAUUCUCACAAGAGGAUCCACACAGGAGAGAAGCCAUAUCAAUGCAUGGAGUGUGGAAAGACCUUUAUUUUUACCAGUAAUCUUGAUUACCACAAGAAGAUCCACACAAAAGAAAAACCAUAUCAGUGUGAGGAGUGUGGAAAGACAUUUGUUUGUACCAGUAGUCUUAAUUCCCACAAGAAGACCCACACAGGAGAGAAGCCAUAUCAAUGCAUGGAGUGUGGAAAGAGCUUUAGUAGGAAAAGAGAUCUGAUUUACCAUAAAUCUAUCCAUACAGAGGAAAAGCCAUAUCAAUGCUUGGAGUGUGGGAAGAGCUUUAGUUGCAGCAGACAUCUGGAUUCCCACAAGCGGAUCCACACAGGAGAGAAACCAUAUAAAUGUGUGGAAUGUGGAAAGUUCUUUAGGUGGAAAUCUGCUCUUACCAUCCAUAAAAGGAUCCACACAGGAGAAAGACCAUAUCAAUGCAUGGAGUGUGGAAAGACCUUUGCUAGUAGCAGUAGUCUUAAUUCCCACAAGACGAUUCACACAGGAGAGAAGCCAUAUCAAUGCAAGGAAUGUGGAAAGACCUUUGCUAGUAGCAGUCAUCUGAAUUCCCACAAGAAGAUUCACACAGGGGAGAAGCCAUAUAAAUGUAUGGAGUGUGGAAAGAGCUUUAGUAGGAAAUAUGUUCUUACCACACAUAAAAGGAUCCACACCGGGGAGAAACCAUAUCAAUAAAGGGAAUGUGGAAAAACAUUUAGUACAAAAAGAGUUCUGAUUCAGCAUAAAACUAUCCAUACAGAGAAGAAGUUAUAUCAAUGCAUGGAAUGUGGAAAUACCUUCUCUUAUUAUAGCUCUCUUAUAAUCCAUGAAAGGAAUCACAAAGGAGAACGACCUUAUAUAUGCAUGCAGUGUGGAAAGACCUUUACUUGCAGUAGUAGUCUCAAUUCCCAUAAGAGAAUCCACACAGGAGAGAAACCAUAUCAAUGCAUGGAGUGUGGAAAGACCUUUCCUUGGAGCAGUUGUCUUAAUUCCCAUAAGAGGAUCCACACAGGAGACAAGCCAUAUCAAUGCAAGGAAUGUGGAAAGACCUUCUCUUAUUAUAGCUCUUUUAUAGUCCAUCAGAGGAAUCAUAAAGGAGAAAGACCUUAUAAAUGCAUGGAGUGUGGAAAGACCUUUACUUGUAGUAGUAGUCUCAAUUCCCAUAUGAGGAUCCACACAGGAGAGAAACCAUAUCAAUGCAUGGAGUGCGGAAAGACCUUUACUUUCAGUAGUAGUCUCAAUUCCCAUAAGAGAAUCCACACAGGAGAAAAACCAUAUCAAUGCAUGGAAUGUGGAAAGACCUUUCCUUGUAGCAGUCGUCUUAAUUCACAUAAGAGGAUCCACACAGGAGACAAGCCAUAUCAAUGUGGGGAAUGUGGAAAGACCUUCUCUUAUUAUAGCUCUCUUAUAGUACAUCAUAGGAAUCACAAAGGGGAAAGACCUUAUAAAUGCAUGGAGUGUGGAAAGGCUUUCAGUAGUAGUAGUCAUCUUGCCUCCCAUAAGAAGAUCCACAGAACAGAGAAAUCAUAUCAAUGCAUGGAGUGUGGAAAGACCUUCCGUUAUUCUAAGUCUUUUAUGAGGCAUCAAAUGAAUCACAAAGGAGAAAGACCUUAUAAAUGCAUGGAGUGUGGAAAGAGCUUUACUUGUACCAGUCAUCUUAAUACCCAUAAGUUGAUCCACACAAAAGAGAAGCCAUAUCAUUGUGUGGAGUGCGGAAAGACCUUCAGCUAUAAUCGUUCUCUUAUAAUACAUCAAAGGAUUCACAAAGGAGAAAGACCAUAUCAAUGCAUGGAAUGUGGAAAGACCUUUACUUGUACCAGUAGUCUUAAUUCCCAUAAGAGGAUCCACACAAAAGAGGAACCAUAUCAAUGUAAGGAGUGUGGAAAGAUCUUUAUUUGUACCAGUCUUCUUGAUUCCCACAAGAAGACCCACAAACGAGAGAAGCCAUAUCAAUGCAUGGAGUGUGGAAAAAGCUUUAGUAGGAAAUACUCUCUGAUUCACCAUAAAACUACCCAUGGAGAGGAGAAGCCAUAUCGAUGCAUGGAGUGUGGAAAGACCUUCUGUCAUUAUUACUCUCUUAUAAGACAUCAAAGGAAUCACAAAGGAGAACGACCUUAUACGUGCAUGGAGUGUGGAAAAAGCUUUACUUGUAGCAGUAAUCUUAAUUCCCAUAAGAGGAUCCACUCAGGAGAGAAGCCAUAUCAAUGUGUGGAAUGUGGAAAGGACUUUAGGUGGAAUUCUGCUCUUACCAAGCAUAAAAGGAUCCACACGGGAGAAACCAUAUGAAUAAAGGGAAGUGUGCUUUGCUUCUUCAAGGUCAUUUCUUCUAGCUUUGGUAUGCAGCAGCGAGAGAUGAUGCACUUGAAGCAGACUUUCUCAAAACAUUUCCUGGCCAGUGGUUGCCUUCUGGUUGCCUAGUUACCAAGGCUCUACAAUUUGCUGCUUCAUGCACUUUUGCCUCAGAUCUUGCCUGUAACUUGUUGCAUGCAGUUCUCUCCUAAUAAAAAUACCUUUUCCCUCAAUCUGUGGAGCCAAGGGUUUUUCUUUUCUAGGAAUUGGACGGAGGCAGCCCCAACAAUAUCCAGAUUCAGUCACAAUUUGGUUCCAUACAGUAUCAACCUUGGGAACUCUCAAGCUUCCUCUUUCCGUUAUGUAUUCAAGAUGGACAGUGAUUAAUAUUUGUAUGUACUUAUAUGCCAG